AUGUCAGCUAGUAUAAUUGUUCAAGCUACACCAGUAAAAGCGAAUCUCGAGGGACUCCUCGAUGAAAUACAACAAAUGGAUCUAACUCCGUUAGACCAAAAAGCGACAGUAGAAGUAUUGUGCCAGCAAUACGAAGCAAGGGCAAGGAUCAUCAAAGAAAAGUUGAUGCGCCUCGAAAAAUACGUUGGCACUCUUGAGAAGAUCAACGACAAAUGGUUGGAACACAUUCAACUAGCCCCAAUGUCGCAAAAGAAAAAAGAAGAAGAAAAAUACGAACAAAUGGCAAACGACGAUAGAGAGUUAGCCCUUAAACGUCUAGCACAAAUUAAAGAACCUAGCUUAACUGAAUGUCGUCCAGUAGUAAAUUUAACACAAUUGUCGUCACCAACGUUUAGUGGAGACCCUAAAACAUGGAGAGAAUUCUGGAGUAGUUUCGAAGCCUCCGUACACUCUCAAAACAUACCAGAUAUCUAA